AUGUCAAGCUCGCCAGACGGAAUCUACGAACGCGGAGUCGUUGACCCUGGACUGCCAGUCAAGGAAUACUCACAGCCCUUCUGGCUCUCUGAACCCUCGAGCAUCAGCAAGUUGCAGUCAAUAUGGGUGCAGGAGGCAGAUGUGGUGAUUAUCGGUUCGGGCGUGACAUCUGCCAGUCUUUGCCUCACUCUGUACUCGAUCUGUCCAGAGCUGAAGAUUGUCGUCUUGGAAGCUCGCGAACUAUGCUCUGGAGCGACCGGACGCAAUGGCGGUCACUGCAAGGCUAUGAGCCCUGGAGUCUGGUACGACUACAAGAGCCACCAUCCCCAAGCCAUUUCUGCUUGCGUCAAAGAGAACAACCUCGAAUGCGAUUUACGCACAGUGGAAGGUCUCGACGUCUAUCACGAUGAAAGUGCAUUCAGGCGUGCUUGCGACGCCCUGGAAGACAUGGGAAAACACAGCCCUGAGCUCGCGGCAAAUUACAGGUGCUACCUGUCCAGGGCAGAUCUCCAGGCUCGCCACCUGAGCGAACAUUGUGUUGGCGCCAUCGGCAUGGCUGCUGGCACCUUCUGGCCGUACAAGUUCGUCACUGGCCUCUUCGAGAGGAUGGUCCGCGAGAACAACCUGUCCAUCCAAAACGAACAGCCCGGUUACGCCAAUAAUCGACAACGAUGGUGA